CAUCACUUCCUCCCUCUAUACCCUUCUUUCUUACUCCACCAAAUCCUUCGCCAUGGCUUCUCCAGACCCUAAAUCCAUCACCGUCGACUCCCUCCCCCAACUCCUCCAAAAUGACAACAUGGUCAAGCUCGCAGGCGUAGACGUCGACGGCAUCCUGCGCGGUAAACUAGUAUCCAAGAAGAAGUUCCUCUCCAUCGCUGAAGCCGGCUUUGGUUUCUGCUCCGUCAUCUUUGGCUGGGAUAUGCACGAUCGUACAUAUAUCCGCGAACUCAAGAUCUCAAAUGCUGAGAAUGGAUACCAUGAUCUCCUCGCUAUUCCAGAUCUUUCUACCUUUAGGAGAAUUCCCUGGGAGGACGACGUUCCCCUGUUUUUGGUGGACUUUUUGGACCCGGAUACCAAGAAGCCCAUUUGUGCUUGUCCGAGGGGUCUGGUGAAGACGCAGCUUGAGAAGCUUAAGGAGCACGGGUAUGGUGCUAUGGCAGGCGCUGAAUAUGAAUUCUACCAAUUCAAAUCCCCCGACCCAUCAACUUCCUCCCCAGCCGCAUACCUCCAACAAAACCCCCCUCACCAACUCCCCGCCCUAACAGAAGGAAUGUUCGGCUACUCCCUCACCCGCCCCGUCCACAACCAAGAAUACUACUACGACGUCUUCAACACAUGCGCCAAGUUCUCCUGCGACAUCGAGGGCUGGCACACCGAGUCCGGACCCGGCGUCUUCGAGGCCGCUCUCGAGUUCGGAGAGAUCGCGCAAAUGGCUGACCGUGCUGCGCUGUUCAAAUACGUCGUUAAGAGCGUGAGCACAAAGUACGGCAUCACGCCGUGCUUCAUGGCCAAGCCGAAACAGGGCCUGCCUGGGAAUAGUGGGCAUAUGCAUGUUUCGAUCGUUGAUAAGGAUGGCAAGAAUUUGUUUGCGAGGGAGACCAAGGAUGAGAAUGCGAAGUGGAGUGAUAUUGAGAAUCUUUCUGAUAUGGGACGUCAUUUCCUCGCUGGUCUCCUCGUCGGUCUUCCUGACAUCAUGCCCCUUCUCGCACCCACGAUCAACUCCUACAAGCGCCUCGUUGAGAACUUCUGGGCUCCAGUUACUGUAUCUUGGGGCUUAGAGCACCGCGCUGCCUCAAUCCGUCUAAUCACACCCAAACCCUCAGCGACACGCUUCGAAGUCCGGGUUCCCGGCGCAGACACAAACCCCCACUUCGUCCUCGCAGCUAUUCUUGGCUGUGGAUGGCGCGGUGUUGAGAAGAAACUCGAGAUUCCUACGCCUCCGCUUGCAAUGGGCCAGGAUGUCGGUGGUGACGCUGAUCCGGGUGAGAGGCUGGCCAAGAGUCUUAAGGAGGCUACAGCGCGCUUCAUGGAGAAGGGUAGUAUUGCACGAGAAGUAUUUGGUGAUGACUUUGUGGAGCACUUUGGUGGUACAAGAGAGCAUGAGGUCCGUCUAUAUGACGAGGCAGUAACUGAUUGGGAAAUGAAGCGAUACAUUGAAACUGUUUGAUUUGGAUAGCUGGAGUUGUUCUGUUCUCUUUUGAUCUGUUUUGUACGGGUACAUGGGGCGUAUUGUGGGCAUCUCUGUAGCAUAAGAUAUGCGUGAACUGAGUGCAU